UUCCCAGUACAGCCAUGGAGCCCCAUCUCGUGCUCCUUAUUCUUUUCGUCCUUUCGCCACCAGUCGUUUCAGCAGCCCAUACCGACCAGAGAGUCGCACCUGUUUCCAGUGCGGUAUUACCGGGCACGUCCGGACCAGUUGCCCUUCCCUACGUGCACUACGACAACCACGACUGCAAACCCCAGCCACCGGAUUCUCAGACACAUCCGGUCAUUAGGAACUGGGAAUCGGCCGAAGGCGACCAACCCGACCACAUACCAACCGGCGUUAAAGAUAGAUGGUUGGCACUCUCUCAUUCAGCAUCUGACCCGGAACUAAAGCAACUUGCCCUCGAAGCCCUACCAAAACUACUGAUGUCAUCACGAGCACACUCAACAACGAUAAAAUACAGCAAUGGUUGGAAACGAUGGAAAUCAUGGGCUUCAUCCAAGACCGGCGUCAUAUCGUUUCCCGUCAACCCUACUGAUUUCGCCCUAUAUUUAUCUUCAUUAUUUUCAUCUGGUCAUAAAACGGCAGCAGACUCCGCAGCAUCCGCUGUCGCCUGGGCACAUAGCUUGGCUGGAUUACCGUCACCUACAGAGGAUCCAUUGGUCAAAACAACCUUACAGGGCUACAAGAGACUCACAGCCUCUACCCCAAACCGGAAGGAACCGGUAACACCUGAAAUCAUGGCAAAACUUUACAAUGCUCACGGUCAACCUAGUGCAGCAUUAGACGAUCUACGCAUACUAUUCGUAUGCUUUAUUUGUUACGCUGGUUUCCUUCGUUUUAACGACAUCAGUAACGUAAGACGCAUGGACUGUAGUAUACUCACCGACAGUCUCGUCGUACAUUUAUGCAAGUCCAAAACUGAUCAAUACCGCCAGGGCAACAACAUAACAAUUGCAAGAACAUUUCAGCCAACCUGCCCAGUUGUAAUCACAGAACGAUAUUUUCAAGCAUUAGGCGAUCCCGACUCUUCUCCUCUACCGGUACUUCGCAGACUGACACGUUCCAAAACCGGUCUUGUUCCUACUACUCAUGGGCUAAGCUACACCAGAACUAGAGAGAUCGUACUAGAAGCCCUCCGACCAUUCGUUCCAGAUAUUCGAAAAUUCGGCCUCCACAGCCUGAGGUCGGGAGGGGCAACCGCAGCUUCAAACGCCCUACUCCCAUCUCACUUAAUAUCCAUGCACGGAAGAUGGAAAUCCGAAAAGGCCAGAAAUGCAUACAUAAAAGCUGAUCCGCAAGCGCGUUUACUUCCCUCCUCUGUACUUGGAAUUUGAAUUUAUGUGUAUAAUUGGUUAGUUAAGCCGACGAGAAUAAUGAUGAAACUUAAAUUAAAUGAGUUGGAUUAUGUGAAUGUCA